GGAUAACAAAGAUGGCGGGAGGAAACAGCAACUAUUGGGAAGAUUUGCGUAAGCAAGCCAGACAGCUGGAGAAUGAGCUCGACCUGAAACUGGUCUCCUUCAGCAAGCUGUGCACCAGCUACAGUAGCUCCCGGGACGGUCGUCGUGGAGACAGCUCCGACACCACACCUCUUCUCAACAAUUCCACCCAGGACAGGAUGUUCGAAACCAUGGCUGUUGAGAUUGAGCAGCUCCUUGCAAAGCUCACAGGGCUGAAUGACAAGAUGGCAGAGUACAGCAGCGCGCCAGGAGUGACAUCCCUGAACGCAGCACUAAUGCAUACGCUACAGAGGCACAGAGACAUCCUGCAGGACUACACACAUGAGUUCCACAAAACCAAAGCCAACUUCCUGGCUAUCAGAGAACGGGAAGAUCUUUUGGGGUCCGUGAGGAAAGAUAUAGAGACAUACAAGAGUGGCACAGGCGUGAACAACAGAAGAACAGAGCUGUUCCUGAAGGAACACGAGCAUCUGAGAAAUUCAGAUCGACUGAUUGAUGACACAAUAAGCAUUGCCAUGGCUACCAAGGAGAACAUGACGUCCCAGCGGGGCAUGCUGAAGUCCAUACAGGGCCGUGUAAACACUUUGGCCAAUCGCUUCCCAGCAAUCAACAGCCUCAUUCAGCGAAUCAACCUGAGAAAAAGGCGAGACUCGUUAAUCCUGGGAGGGGUCAUUGGCAUCUGCACCAUACUGUUGCUCCUCUAUGCGUUUCACUGAUGGAUGGAAGGGACGACCAUCACAUUGGAGUGUUCUGCGAGUAGUGGCUGAGCCUAAGCAAAUGGGCGUAGCAAUAAGGAGGACCUAAGGGAACGUUUUUUGGUCCCACAAGGCCAAACCGCAGUACUGACCUCUUGUCCACGGUCAGCUCGGUCUACCUUGUUUCUCUUUGUCAGCUAAAUGGUGGUGGGGGUGGGAAACAGAGGAUUCAAACUGUGCUUAUUUCUUGUGCUCUUGAGUCGGGCAAGUCAACGGAGACCAAAAUUUGAUAUUUUAAGUGAAGACUGAUAGCUCUAAUCCCUAUGUAAGCCUCAAGAAAUGACACAAUGCUAUUUAAUGUACCCAGCAGUGAGGUGGAUGUAUAUUGCAGAAUAAAGAAUUAAUAAAUUAUUAUGUAUGUAAAACCUGUGUGGAAGUAGACAGUCUAAUGCUGCUUUGGGAUGUUAACGCCACAUGAUUUGAUGGUGACCCCCAGUGCUGCGUAGAACAUGAGUCCUUGCUGCUAUGGUCAUCUUAGCUGUUGGCUCUGUUUUUGAGGACAGUGGUGCAGUAUGGAUGAACUGGACCAGUAUGCAUCCAACACAGUCAGUUUGCAUGGGUGCGAAUCAGCUGACGGUGUCUCCAUAGUUGUGUUUACCAAUCCCCACCCCCUCCCCCCCCCCCCCCAUUCACAUGUAGCCCCAGCUCCUUUGUACAGGAUCCUGUAGUUGCUGGGCAGAAUUUUGCGUGGCUGUCUGCUGAGAUCUGUCAGGCUGGAGCUGCUCCAACGCGGCCUUCCAUGCGCCUCGGUUGGCCCGAGAAGGAAGUAGAGCAUGAGUGUGAAAUGUUGGGGUGAUGUGUGUGCUAAAAUUAAUUGAUCAGAGGUGAACAGUGUGGCGGUAUUUUCCACUCAUUAGCCCAUGGAAGCUGGGCUGAUUUAGUGCAGGUGCUGGUGUGAAGUAAAGGAACCCAUUUGAGUCAUUUGACUUAAUUUUGCUGAACUCUGGCUCCAGAACCCAUGGAAUGAUACUGUUCUUCUCAGUUCUGGUUUUAUUCAUGUCACUUGACAUUGCAGCAGUGACUUGUCACGGAGGGUACCUGCAUGAGAUUAUGAGAUCAAGUUGUUUGAGGUCCUGUGAUUACCCGUAACAUUACAGUUGAGCUUAGGUCUGAAGCCCAUAGAGAAACCUCCGUCUUGAUGUUGUUUUUUGGGGGCCAGAGAACCCAGGAUGAAUUUAUAAAAAAAAAAAAAAAAAAAAAGUCCUGACCGAACAGUAUCCAUUCCUGAAGAAUUACUUGUGAACUGGACGAGUUUCAUCUGCCACUUUUUGCUUUUCCUCCUUUCGUUUGGCAAAGCCCUAGAAGUUCAGAAAUGCCCUGGGUUCGCGGCUGAGGAUCAAAACGGAGCUCUGCUGGCGGGUAUGUUCCUUCUCCUCGGGCUCGUUUGUCAGAAGUGCAAGCGAUCACCUUUCCCUCUGUGCCUCUUUGUCCCCUCCUACUUCACCAGUUUCUGUGUAAAUACUGUAUAUUUACAAAUGUAUAUAAACAGUAAAAAGUAGCUGUUCUGUCCAAAAGGACAUCGUCUGGAGUCUGGGAGAGAAUCACUAGUGACAUACUCUUUCCCACUCUGGCACCAGCCAGGUCCUCUUCUCUCCCUCGAUUGAGUAGUUUUUCCAUGUUGUGAUCCCACAGCAGACAUCUGUCAUAAAGAGAAUCCCACGACGGCCUUUUGCGAAGAUGAGAAAAUGUUUUUUCCCAGCCAUGAGAGCGUGCAUUAAUGUAAUUAAACCGGCAGGCAUAAACUGGACAGAAUUGAUGGUGGUGCAGCAGUUAAGGACACUGACUGGCACCGUGAACAUUGCUGGUUUGAUCCAUAGUUCCCACUCCCACUUUUUGGAUAUUUACCCUGAAAUGGUCCAGUCCUCCAGCUGUAUAAAUGGGUCAAGUACUGCAAGCAGCAGAUAAGCAACAAACUCAUAAUUGUUGGCCCGUAGUAUUUGUAAGACCGGAUUUGUAUUUACACAAAUGCUUUUUAACCACCGUUCAGAAAUGACAAACCAGUUGGAGCAUCGACACGUGACCCCCCGUGCCCCUGCUUCCGAAUUGCCCUCAUUUUUCAAUUCUUAACCACGAGUUGUGUUGCAUUAAAAUACAGCUCCACUGCAGUGUGUGUGAGGAGCGUGAAGCUGAACUGGCACACCACGUUGUCAUGCUGGGGGGGGCGGGGUUUAGCCCUAAUCCUUCUGCUCUUCUGAGUUACUACAACACCGAUGCUGCCUGGAGUUUCGGAUCGCAUGGCCCCGAAGUCUUCAGUCCUCAUGAAUAUUUUACAGUCUUUUGUGUGCUGACAGCUGGAGCGGAAAUAAACAUGGUUCAAAGUACUCCGAGGCUUCAUCUGUGAAGGUGUGUAGCGGGUUGGCAUUCGUAAAAUCGAGGGGUUUCCUGUGCACCCAUGGUGGAUGUUUGAUGGUGACCUGAAGCUGAUGCACUUUGUGGGCUUUGUCUGGUUCAAUUUUAAAAAAAAAAAAAAAAAAAAAAAAAA